GGGGAAAUUGAUGACGUAGUUUCCUGUAAACCGCUUCCUAAGCAUACGGUCAGUCACCGACUCGUACCGGACGGCACAAUGUUCCGUGCCGUGUUUCGAUUGUCAGCUUCAGGGGUCCGAAGUUUGGCACGGCCGCCACCUGCUUACUCAGCUUGCUUGGCAUCCAGAUGCUACUCCCAUGGAAAGGUGGAGUCAGAUGAGGAGUUUGAUGCUCGCUGGGUCACUUACUUCAGCAAGCCAGACAUUGAUGCCUGGGAGUUGAAGAAAGGUAUGAACACUCUGAUUGGGUACGACCUGGUACCUGAGGCUAAGAUCCUGGACUCAGCACUGAGGGCUUGUCGGAGACUGAACGACCUGGCCAGUGCAAUCCGCAUCCUAGAGGCUGUCAAGGACAAAGCAGGCCCUCACAAAGAAAUUUAUCCAUAUCUGAUCCAAGAGCUGAAGCCCACCCUAGCAGAGCUUGGUAUCUCCACACCAGAGGAGCUGGGCAUUGAUAAAUUAUAGACGACAUGUGUGCUGUUAAGGUCAUCCGGUGUAUGAAGAGACAAAUUCCUCACCUUUUAACUCUGCUGUCCCGAUGUUUCUGAUUUUGACUGUAUCCAUGUCGUGCUGUUGUGUAUAAAUUGAUGGACCCAAUAAAGAAUACAAUACUUGAUCAA